AUGCUGUCUGACCGCGACUACCAGGGCCGCGUCGCACUAGGUCUGGGCUUCUUCUUCUUGUGCACCUCUCUGAUGCCCGCUGGAUUCUUCCCCCUGCUGCGCUUGGCCGGCUUCUCCAUCGACCGGGUCAAGGGCAAGGCUCACCUCACCGAGUGUGUUGAGAAGGAUAUUGAUCUGGGCCCCAGGGCCACCCUCGCCUGCCUGCUGCUCUCGAUGUACCACCUGGACAUCGAGCCCGACCUGCCUCGAGCGGGCGAUUUGCUGGUCUCGAAGCUGGGCCUGCAGCCCGAGAAUGUCCUGCUGCACUGGGCGGGCUCCAUGCUGGCGUGGCGGAACACGUGCAUACAGCAAGCAGGAGAGCUGACACGGACGGCCUUGUGGUGUUGUGGCGAGCAGCUCGGCAGCAAGGCAAUAUUCUUGCGUUACGAGCUCGGCCUGUUUCACUUCGUCUCCAUGAGCUGGUGGAGUGCGUACAACGAGCUGCGUUACGUCUGGGACGCUGCGACAUCUUCAGGACACCAGGACGACAAGAAUUUCUUCCCGUACAAGGCGAUCGUCGGCACGCAGUUGGCCGCGGUGGCGUUCAGCUUGGGCCGCGACGAAGAGGCGGCGGUCCUCAGCGUGGAGUCCGCGGCUGCGCAGGAGCGCUUCGGCCUGCUGCGCAUGGAGGGGGACUUCACCAAGGUCUUGGAGAUAUUCCUGAGACACCGCGCUCGCGGGAGGUCUCUCUUCGCCUUCGAGGUGAUGUAUUUCUUCCGGCAGUUUCCCAAGGUGCCGACCGACAUGCUGGAGGCCAUCCAGUUCCGCCUCGAGGACAUCGCCAGGCCUUUCGGCGAGGACGUGGCCAGAGAGCGGCGGCGCUUGGACGGCACGAGCGGCGCGGGCGCCGCGGAGGCGCUGCAGAGCCCCCUCGCAGAGGAGUCGCUGGUCGGGUACGCCAGCGCCAGGGUGGUGCUGUGCGUCGUCCUCUUCUACCUCGGCGACCUCGACCGCGCCAUGGAGGUGGUGCCCGAGCUGAGCCAGAUUUGCUCCCUGCUGCCGGCCUGGUCCACGUACCUCGCGGCCCACGGCUGGUACUGGUGCGGCCGCGUCCUCGACCAGUGCGGGCGGCGCGGGGAGGCGCUGGACUGCCUGAAGCGGGGCAAGGCUCUCAAGAAGUACCCGUUCGGGAUCACCGAGAAGAUGGGCAAGAUGCUCGCGCAGGUGGAGCGGGCCCACGCGAGGUCCGAGGCCGCGCCCUGA